CUGAGCAUCAUCAUCAGCAAGCAUCAAGCAAAGGCAGUUUGGUAGUACUAGCUAGCCCGUGUUAGUUAGCCAACUAGCAAUCUCGCAUCAACAUCCACAUAUUGAUCGACCAUGCCGUCGAUUGACAAGGCCACCGACAACGGCGAGCUGAAGCAGAGGCGGCCGGAGCUGGAGCUGGUCUGCGUCACGGGCGCGGGAGGCUUCAUCGGCUCGUGGGUGGUGAAGGAGCUCCUCCUCCGCGGCUACCGCGUCAGGGGAACCGCCAGGGACCCCGCUGACCAAAAGAACGCGCACCUGUUGGCGCUGGAGGGCGCCGAGGAGAGGCUCACCCUGUGCCGCGCCGACGUCCUCGACUACGACGGCCUCCGCGCCGCCUUCCGCGGCUGCCGCGGGGUCUUCCACGUUGCCUCCCCCGUCUCCAACAUCCCCGACCUCGUGCCGGUCGCCGUGGAGGGGACGAGGAACGUGAUCAGAGCGGCGGCGGACGUGGGCGUGCGGCGGGUGGUGUUCACGUCGUCCUACGGCGCCGUGCACAUGGACCCCAACCACAGGCCCGACGCAGUGCUCCACGAGACGUACUGGAGCGAUUAUUUUUUUUGAAACAAGGCAAAAGACUUGCCAUUUUCAUUGAAUAAGAAGAAUGUUUUAGAGUCGAGGCCAGCUACAAUCCUCACUCUCGCAGCAUUACAUUACACAAAUAUUUUGC